CACAUCUAUGGAGGAAGGCAAAGACGUGGAGCACUCCAGAGCAACAGCCAGCUCCGUAAUGCCAUUGCCUAAAUCUCCAUCCACACAGUAUGAAGAGAAUGGGAGAGAGGAGGAGGGCUUCCACAACGCUUUGCUGGAGCUGAAAGACCUGCGGUCUCAGCUUCACCAUGCGGCAGAACAUUGUGAGCGUGCAUUUUCCUCAGCCCAGCAGAAGAAGAUGAUUUUGGAGGGGACAAAGAGCUACAUAUGUGAAGCAGUUGUGGCAAUAGUCAACCAUUUAGGAACUGUCUCAUCCAAACUCGAGCAGAGUCUCCUUGCAAAUGCUGUGGUUAAGCAGACUGAACAAGGAAUUGGUUGCUUGAAGUAG